AUGGCCUUUGCUGCAUGCUUCUUAGCGUUAGCAGUAUAUAUAAGUUCAUUUUCCACGUUGGUCGCGAUAAGAGGUUUUUCAUGCGAUUUUUGGUAUCCUGACAGAAUUAAUUCUCCCAGAAACACAGUCGCCCUGCAAACAUGGAGUCCUCAAGGACUCAAACUCUUCUCUUUUGGAGUUCACUCCACAAGAAAUGUGUCCGUCUGGUAGCUUCCCAACAUUGGUUCACUACAAGCAAGUCUGCUGCAAAAAUGGUAUCGGUUUUCGAGUUUUCCUUAGUCCCUAUUAUACUUGCCUCCCAGGCGCUUCAAGUCCGACCGAAUUAACUUUAUGAAAACCUUACCAGGGAACGUUUUUUACCCCCCGGUUGAACUUUUGCUGAAACUUUGCUGAAGUGUACUUUAGGACCCCCUGAUUCCAGAACAGAAAGAAAAUUUCUCGCAAUAGAUCUCGUUUUCGAGAUAUGGAGCUACAAAAGCCCGAAAUAGCGCUUUUUUGGCCUAAUUUGCGUAUUUUGCGGACUUUGAAGCUCCAUAACAAGGAAACAAAAUCUAUGAGAUAAAAACGUUCCCUAGUUAGCAGACUCUUUAUUUUUUUUUUUGAUUUCGAAAUCUAUGAAAGUUUUCUCAAUUUUUUUCGACUUUUUCCCGCAAAGUACUCUUGGUAUCCUGACAGAAAUAAUUACCUUCUUUUGGUCCCUAGAACUUGAAAAUAUCCCUCGAAAAUUGACCUGCGCGUUUUUUGGAAAAUGGUGAAAGUUUUUAGGAAAAGAUUAGAAAUAUUUGGCUGGGGGUUUUUCUUGUUAUUUUUUUCUUUGAUUUUUGAAGAGAAAACGAAAAAUUGUAGAAAUUCCAUGGAAAACUGUCAACGAGAACUUGGCCGAAAUUAGGUUUGUUUUAUAAUUGGAAUAUUUUCAUAAUUCGAUUUCCUAAUUAAAAAAAAUUUUGGAAUAAAAUCAACGAAGAACCUCCCACACUACGUUUUCUACUUCUUGUGCGGCGUUAUAGCGGCCCAAAUUCUGUCUCUUGGUGGAGGUUUUGUGAUUUACAGGGCAAUAAAGCUUCACAGUAAAGGUUUUCGACUGUCUAGAGUCCAGUUCAUCCGAAAUUUGAAGGGAACACAGAAUCCUUCAGUCUCGAGUCGGAGAGUGAGGACGAAGAAAUAGAAUCUGUGUUCCUUCCCGUCGGAACGGUUUUUUUCGAGUCUUAGUUCGUUUGAAAAAAUUUUUUUCAGAACGAAAACCCGCUAUAA